UACAUUUAUCAUUCAUUAUCAUACAUAAAUCGGUGUGAAAAGAUGAAUUAGACCUAUUUCAGUUCAUUCCGUUGGGUAAAAAGGCAAGAUUUUAGCAUUUUAUGAUUCAAGCGCCUUGCCCGGUAUGUACCGGAAUACGGUAUUUAGUGUGGUGCUCCAAUCCUUUUUUUAGUCGCACUCUUUGACGUCAACGUUUAGCAGGGCGCGUGCAUUUAAGAUUUGAGUGCAUGCUUACAGUAAACACAAAUAAUUGUUAUGAUUUAAUAUCUACAUAACACUGUGUAUAUCUUAUGGAUGUCGCACUAUUUAAUACUGUUUAGUUAUUGUUAGGUUGAAUUUUGGUGGUCAUUUUUUGAAAAACCUGUCAACACUGAAGUAAAUUUCUUCUUACCUAGGAAAGAAAGAAUUUUGAUGAUAUAGCAGUAAUGCAUUGUAAGAUCAUGUUGACAGUGUGCUUGUUGGUUAGUGUCCAAGGACAUAAAGAUCAGCAACUACAAAAAGCUGGUACUCACUGUGGAAAUUUUACAGGUGCUAACCAUGACAACAGCAGGAAUGAAUCAGAGCAUUUCCACUGUACUGCAUGCAUAUAUCCCCAGAAUUGUCUCGCAGACAACCAGUGUAGAGAGGGAACCACUGGUAGUACAUGUGAAAAAUGUGUGACAGGUUACAAUCGUGUUGGCAGUUUGUGUGUUGAGUGUUCUAAUUUCCCUUGGUCAGCUUUAAGUUUUGGAGUAUACCUUUUACUGCUUGUUGGAACAGUAAUGUGUCGGGGAUUCACAGAUCCUGUUUGUACAAAGGUGAAGUUAUUGUGCCACUUCCUUCAAAAUUUGCUCCUAACAUUACACAUCAAGAUUGCUUGGCCAAAGAAUUUACCAUCACUGUUUAGUGUAGUCAACUUUGGAUUAUUCAACUCAAACAUUCUUCAGCCAGAAUGUUUGUUUGAAAGUUGGCCUACAUUGAGUAUAUACUACAUAGAGUGGUUGAUAUCUCUGGGUAUUCCAGUUGUUGUUCUUAUACUUGGCAAGUUUAUGGAUAAAGGCUUGAAGGAGUCUAAUACCCGCAAUGUUUCUAAAGGUUCCGAAGUGAGUGUAGGACGCUGGGAGAGAAGGACUACUGUACGUAGACUGGUUGCCAUGAUCAUAUUUACAAUGUAUAUGCCUGUCACUCUCUCAUGUAUCAGGACAUUUAUGUGCUCAGAUACCAUACCAACGGUUAGUAUAAUCUGAUACAAUAUCCACUUC